CCACGCCCCUUUACAAAACACCUGAAACUUGUUAUCAUUUUGCUGAGUGUGAAAUUUUGUGCAAACUCUGGCAAUUUUGCCUGCUAAGAGGCGCGUUUUGUCUAAAAACAAGCCGAAAUGAGUUUUAAUAUUGCAGUCGGACGUUCGUCACGUCCAAAUUAACUUUACUUCACAGACUUUGCGGCUUUCAAACAGAUUUCCAGAUCUGCCGAUCCUUGGCUUGAAUUUUGGUUGCUAUGGAGGACUUUUCUGACUACGAAGCCUUUGAAGAGGACUACUUCAACGGCUACGACCAAAGUUAUCCAAAUUCAGGAGACGGUUGGUCGGAAGAUGAUGAAGCAUCAGGGGUGUCCAUCACUGAACUCUACAGCCUCUGCCUGCUACCUAGUGUGUCUGAGGGCAUUGUCCACGUCGCUUACCUGCUCCUGUGGUGCUUCAUUUACAGAAUCACCACCCAAACUGUAAAAGUCCCUGUGGUCGCCUGCCAUGCCAUAUCUGCUGCAUCAGGACUGUUGGUGCUCAACUUUUUCUUUGGCUCCACAGCCCACUACAUGUUAGUGCUGGGCAUAAUUUUCUAUUUGAUCCUUUUCUUCACAUCCUACGCCCUCAACAAGUGGGUAGGUGUUGUGACCAGCCUUUCGUGCAUCACAAUUUUAAUUUUAUGUGAGUUUUUACUUGUGAAAAAGACUGAUUGGCACAAGAUUCGUGGUGCACAGAUGAUUUUAGUGAUGAAGGUGAUUUCCCUUGCUUUUGACAUGGAAAUGGGCGUCCAACGCACUCUGCCAUCACCAGUGGAGUUUGCCGGCUAUAUAUUUUCAGUGGGGACUUGCGUUUUUGGCCCUUGGGUGCCUUUCAGGGACUACCUGGCAGUCUACAAAAAGCCAGUCUUUAACUUGCAAUGGCUGUGGAGAAUUGUAUUGAGCUUAGCAAUGGGAUUUUUGUUCUUGACUGUGUCUAUGUGCUGGAUAAGCUGGCUAAUUCCUGACGAUGCUUGGAGGUGGUGGACGGCCUAUCGUGACGCAGUAUCCUUCAGGUCUAGUCACUACUUUGUCUCAUUCAUUUCGGAAGCGUCGUCAGUAAUGUCCGGCUACGGUAUGCAAGAAGACCUAACCUGGAAAAUGCCAGUUUCGAGGCCACAUCACAUUGAAAUCCCGAGGUCCCUGGUCCAGGUUGUUGUUUACUGGAGUAUUCCCAUGCACACAUUUUUAAAACAAUACGUUUUUCGUACAACACGCCCGUUUGGCAGCUUUGUCGCCAUAAUCUGCACCUACGCUGCAAGCUCUCUUCUGCACGGACUUAACUUCCAACUGGCUGCUGUUCUGCUUUCCUUGGGCCUUUACACCUACGUUGAGUUUAUGUUGAGACAAAAGCUGGCCUCUGUCUUCAACGCAUGCAUUUUAUCAAGACCGUGCAGACCCAAUUGUCCUCAUUUACACAAAGAAACCAAACUGAUAGUGUUGUUUGCCAACAUCGGUUUCGGAAUCAUUGCAUUUUUCCACCUUAUCUACCUGGGUGUAAUGUUUGAUUCAACAGAGGUGCAGGACGAAGGGUACUCAUACAAACACACGCUGGCCAAAUGGGCUCACCUGGGCUACGCCAGCCACUGGGUGGCCGGUUUCACGUUUCUCUUCCACCUGCUGAUAUGAUGCUACGUUUGGUACUACGACAUUCCUGUGCCUCUGCGCAGGACCAGACGCAAACCAAAUUAACUCCCUUGCUUUUUGUUUGGAGAGUUAGUAGGCUGGCCAUAUAUAAACCUGAUCGAGCAAUAGUCAAGGCAAGCUUAAGAUAAAAGUACUGCCUGAAAUGUGCCAAAGCACAAACCCAUAUCUGAAAAGUAAGGCUAGAAGUCGACCUAAAACUUCCAUCCAUUUUCUAGGAUUUGUAGCGUGCAAUUUACUCCGAUAAGGCAUUUAUUGUCGUAAUUUUUAAUUACUAGAAUUCUAUGCCAAAAUGCAUUUAUUAUGAAUACUUUUAGAGAUAAGGUAGAUGCUAACAAAUGAAAUAAAAUAGUAAUGUAGAAUAGUAACUAUUAUUAUAGCAAUAAAUUAGACCAGUUAGGCAACAAUCUUGUUGAACAGACAAAAACAUUCAAAGAAUAUAAAACAAGAAAUUCUGAUCUUGAAAGCGGACAAAGUUUAUAGUUUAUCCAAUAUAAAUUUAAAAUCCAAACUCCUUUAAAAUUUCCAUAAGUGAUGAAGAAGCAAAAUAAAAUAAAAAAAAUAAAUAAAAAUUCGGAUAUGAAUAAUAUGAAGAGAAUUUAGAUUUAAGAAAACUUUUUUAGCUUUGAUAGUAAAAUUCUAAGGACUGCUGAAAAAUUUUAUUUCAACAUUUUCAGCCCAGUGUGGUAGCAAUCAACAUUUAAUGCCAAGUAUUCCGUUUAUAAUUUCUAUUUUGAUGAGUAUUUAAAGUACGUUUUAUUCUACUUACAUGCCCAAAUGAGAAAACAAUGAUAGAAAUUCAUUGCAUUUAGAAUCAUAUCUAAUUUUUAUAUGGUGCAGCUAACAAUUAAACGCAUUUUUUUUUCUUAUCUUUUUUACAGAUCAGCAUUAUUUUAUGAUCAUAAAUAAUAAGUUAGAUGACUGCUAAUUAUGUUCCUUUUAUUAAUUUUUUUGAAAUUUAUUAUUUAAUAUAUGUAAUUAUUCAAUUUUCAAAAUAUUUACUUUUAAUUGGUUGUUUUCAAUUGAUUAAAUAGUUUUACAAUAUCUGAGAUACAUGUGCUGUUUAUUUUCACUUGCAACACAUUCUCCUGCUCAUUUUUACUACCUUGAUAAAGAUCACGCAAAGCUCUAGGAUGGAUAAUAGAGCUUAUCUGAGGACAAACAAUUUUGAUCG